GGGAAAAAAGCUGAGAAUGGCCUACACCCCAUCAACACCAACGACAAGACUGCAUUGGAGCCAAGUAAGAGACACCUCGCUGUUGGAUAUAAUCCCUCGUCAAGCUAAACAAGGAAUGCUGCAUUCAACCUCCGGUGACCCCGUUGUCUCGUGGUCAAUUUGGAUGUUGUGUGUGCGGGGUACAUCGCCCUUACUUGUUCGACUUCUAGUCAUUGGUGGGAUGCGGAAUGGUACUUGAACUUCCGUUCUCAAUGAUAUCAUUCAGUGUAUGUUCUGGGGUUGAAAAUUACGCUUUGUUGGAAAGCUGAAAGCGCGACUCUGGUUGAAUGGCGACAAAUAAUCAUCUCCCGAUGUAUGGAGUAUACAGAUACAGAGUAUACAUCGAGUCACGCAGCAAUCUCCCGAUACUCAUGAAAGAGCCUCCCACCCUCGAGAUAGCUAUACUUCCUCCAAUUCGAUUGAUAAUUUUAUCCGGUACGCUGAUGUGAG